AUGAAUAUAAAGAUUAUUUUGAAAUGUUAUCAAAAACCAAAGAAAAAAGAAAUAUUACUAACAGACUUUUGUGAACUUUUUGAUGAAAUUUCACAUUAUGAAUUAGAAAUAAGAUUAGAAAGUCUUAUAUUUGAUGCUGAACACGAAUUUGAUGAAGAAGAUUAUGAAAAUGCGUAUUCUAAACUAAAUGAAAUUAUAGGGCAAAUUCCUGAUAUUCAUAAAGAAUAUAUUAAUGUUGUAUAUAAACUUUCAUUAUGUAUUUUGAGGUUAAAUAAGAAAAAUGAAUUUGAGAGAGUUAAAAUCUUUAUUAAAAAUCUUAAAUCAUUAAAUAAUUCUAUACCAAAAAAGGAAAAACAAGAUGCUAAAAUAUUAGCUAAUGAAAUUGAAAAUGAACUAUCAGAAAA